GUCACCUAGUGACCCAUAGAGUUUUUCAAAAUUUAAAACAAUUUGUCAUUUUAAAUUAUUUUUUUUUUUCUUAUAAGAUGAACAUAUUCCCUGCACUGCUGCAAAACGGGAUAUCAUACACAGCCAAAAACAUUUGCAAAAUACCCAGAGAACACAAUCCUUUUCCCCAUGUCAAACGCAACCCGGCAGAGCAGAAGUCCUCCGUUCGUAUACACUCCAGGUCAAGCAAUCCCAACGAUCCGGACAACUGUAAUUACAGGGCCACUAAUCAUAUUAGAGCAAAGUAUAAGCACCUGAUUAAGGUGCUCAGGGACGAUGAGGAGAGAAAGGAAUUACUAAAUAUCGAUAAAAUUAGGGAGCGAAAAAAUAACUAUAAUAGCAUGCAAAAUGAUAAGGGAAAGGGAAAGGCAAAAGGAAAGGGGCAAAAAGAAGUGAAAGAACAGAGAAUCGCUGGAAAAAAUAUCAUUUUUGUGGCUGGUCUAGGUAAUAUAGGUAUGAUGGCUAGUCGGGAGAUUGUUAAGAAGGGACCAAAGAAUCUGCUGAUUUUUGGUAGAGUGUACAAGCCGAAGGCAAUGGAAGAGCUGAAACGCAUUAAUAACAAGACAAAAGUAAUGUUCUUUCAUUAUGAUGUAACUGCUCCUUUGGAUAUAAGCAUAGCAUUGCUGCAUAAAGUCUUUGACUAUUAUAAAACAAUUGAUUUGCUUAUCAAUGGUGCUGGACUGCUGGACGAGCGACAGAUUGCGAAAACGGUCGAAGUUAACUUUACGGGUACAGUAAAUACCACAACUGCCAUUAUGAAGUUUUGGGACAAGCGGCUCGGCGGCCCUGGCGGCGUUGUAGCCAACCUCUGCUCCGCUAGUGCGUUCAAUCCAAUUUACCAAUUGCCGGUCUACAGCGCCUCGAAGGCCGCAGUCCUCAGCUUCACUAUCUCCCUUGCGAAACUGGCUUCUCUUACGGGCGUAACAGCCUUCUCAUUCAAUCCGGGCAUUACACGCAAUGAGUCGAAGACUAAAUGUAACUCGUGGCUAAAUGUUGAGCCGUGCGUGGGGAAAUUGCUUCUAAUACAUCCUGUACAGACGGCGAAUCAAGCCGGGAAGAGUUUAGUCGUCGCAAUCGAGGCGAACAGAAAUGGCGUCAUCUGGAAAGUGGAUCAAGGCAAGCUGGAAGCCAUCAAAUGGCUAGGUCACAGGCACUGGGAUGCUGGCAUUUGAAAAGCUUUCAACUUUCACGGAAAGCUCCUAUUCAUCCAUACUAAGUUUUCUGAACUUAAACUCUAUUUAUUUAUUACAGAAGUUAUAGAUUGCGGUCCGAUGUCAGUAAACCAAUAUUAAA